UGACAGAUAACGUAGAAGCUCCCCGACAGACACAGUACAGAUACAAUUGUCAUUCGCCUAAGUCUGUAUACGUCAGUCCAUUCCUUGUCGCGGUUCUCAAGCCGACUGUUCAAUCUGUUGCCUUUUACGUGUUUUCACUUUCACGUCACCUUCGCUCGACCCUCGACAACAACGGAAUUACUCUCGCACUGCAAUCUUCGUGGCUGUGCAACACCGACUCCUGGGACAUCGAUCCGCUGUGACUGUUUUUUUUUUUCAACAUGAGUAUACAAGGAUUUGAUGAUCUAAUUCAAGGUUCUUUGGCUACUUAUGUCCAAUUGUCCUCUCAGAUUGGUGGUGCUGUUCAAACUCAGGCUUCACUUGUGUUUAGUGCUUUCCAUGAUGAACUUGAAUAUAUCAAAUAUGCUAGUGAACAUAGUGCACCUAGUGAUAGUGAAAAACAAAAAUUAUUAUCUCCUAUAAGUAAAAGAAUCCAAGAAAUCCAAACACUUAGAGAAGAAAACCGUGGAUCUCCAUUAUUUAAUCAUCUUAGUGCUAUCAGUGAAAGUAUACCAGCUUUAGGUUGGGUUGCUGUGGCUCCUACUCCUGCUCCUUAUGUCAAAGAAAGUAAUGACACUGGUCAAUUUUACUCAAACAGAGUUAUUAAAGAAUGGAAAGCAAAGGAUAUGACUCAUGUUGAGUGGGCUAAAGCUUGGGUACAAGUUUUAACUGAUCUUCAAGCUUAUGUCAAACAACACCAUACAACUGGACUUGUUUGGGCUAAAUCUGGAUCAAAACCUUUAGGUGGCCCACCACCACCGCCACCAUGUGGCUUACCACCAAUGGAUGACCUGUGCUUAGCUCCUGCUGAUCCAGAUGCUACUAACCGUUCUGCCUUAUUUGCAGAAAUCAAUCGUGGUACUGAUGUUACUAAAGGUUUAAAAAAAGUAUCUGCUGAUAUGCAAACUCAUAAGAACCCUAACAUGAGAAUCAGUGGACCUGCUCCUGCUGUUAUUGGUCAAUCAUCUGGUUCUUCAGCACCUAAACCAGCUGUUGAAAAACCUCCAGUAUUUGCUCGUGAUGGUAAAAAAUGGCUCAUUGAACACCAAAAGAAUAAUAGUAACCUUGUAGUUGAUGGUGCUGAUAUGAACAAUGUUGUAUACAUGUUUAAAUGUGUUAACUCUACAGUUACUGUAAAAAACAAAAUUAACUCAAUCAUUAUGGAUUCUUGUAAAAAAUCAUCUGUUGUAUUUGAAUCGUUGGUUUCAUCUGUUGAGUUCAUUAAUUGUCAAUCAGUCCAAAUGCAAGUAUUGGGUAUAGUGCCAACAAUUACUGUAGACAAAACUGAUGGCUGCCAAAUGUAUUUGAGCAAGGAUUCAUUAAAUGCUGAAAUAGUUUCAUCUAAGUCAAGUGAAUUGAAUGUAAUGAUUCCUAAAGCAGAUGGAGAUUAUUCUGAGUAUCCAAUACCUGAACAGUUCAAGACAACAAUUGGACCUAAGGGUCUUAAUACUAUUAUCAUUGAAGCUUCUGGUUAGAAUGAUUUGGUUAAAAAAAAAAUUUGCAGAGUUAAUCGGUUAUCUUAUAAUUAAUCAACAUUUAUUGUAUGCAUUUAGGAGUAAAUAAUAAUAUUAUUUUGAUGUCAACAUUUUUGAUUAAUUUCA